CGCCUGGGGAGGGCAACUCCUCUUGGCCGCCUUGGUGCUGGCCCCGCUGGCCGCCGCUUCCCUCGCCACGCAGGCCUGCAGCUGGCUCUGGUACCGCUCCGACCCCCCCGCCCUCCACCCCGAUGUCCCCCAAUGGCUUGUCGCCCUCCUCCAUCUCCUCCAGCUCGGCUUCUUCUUCAGAGGCUGAGUGGGACGUGGGACGUGGGACGUGGACCCCGCAGAGCUCGGCCGGGGAAGGGGAGGAAGCGCUUUGAGUGUAAACGGGAGAGGUUUCAGCUGUCCUGCCUGGGCAGCGUGAGGACCGAGGGGUGCGCUGUCCUGCCAACCAGCAGCCCCCCACCGGUGGCCGGGUCUCCCCACAGGUGCCUCCAUGCUCUGAAGCUGGGCUGGAAGGUGUGCUGGGAGAAGGCAGAGGAGGAAGAGGAGCAGAGCCAUAUUGCCUUCCUCUCCCACGACAUCAGCAUGCUGCGCCUCUUCGAGACGUUCCUGGAGAACACCCCACAGCUCACCCUGCUCCUCUAUGUUAUCCUGCGGACAAACAAGGCAGAGCCCUUCCAGGGACUGGGGAUCUGCACCGCGUUCCUGUGUGUGGCCUGGUCUCUGCUGGACUACCACAAGUCCCUGCGCUCCUUCUUGCAGCACAAGUACGAGCUGAAUUGGUGCUCCUCCAUCAUCUACUUCCUGUGGAACCUCUUCCUCAUCUGCCCCCGCAUCCUCGUGGUCGCCCUCUUUGCCCUGUUCUGGCCCUACGCCGUGGCUGUCCACUUCCCGCUGGUGUGCCUGGCCAUGUUCCUCUGGGUCACUCUCCAGGGCACAGACUUCAUGGAGUCGCCCUGCUCCGAGCAGCUCUACCGCGCCAUGGUGGCCGUGAUUCUCUACUUCAGCUGGUUCAACGUGGCGCAGGGGAGGACGCUGUACCGCAGCAUCAUCUAUCAUGGCUUCAUCCUGGUGGACAGCACACUGCUGGCACUCUCCUGGCUCUGCUGCCGGUUCCCAUCUGAUGAGAGCUCGUACCUCAUCCCACUGCUCUGUGCCGCGCUGCCCUGCUAUCUGCUGGGGCUGGCACUGAGGGUCACCUACUACAAGUGGCUGCACCCCAACAUGUGGGUGCAGCAAGAAGGCAGCUACGACGUGGUGGAUGCCAACGGGAGGACCGACGGGAUAGAGUUUCGCUCGGUCUCGGUGCCGGACCUCGUGAACAGGCGGAUGCAAUCGCUGGCUCAGGCCCAGUUUGCCAUCUCCUGGCCCGUGAGGCAGCGCUUCCACAAUGGGGCUGCUGCUCUUGAGUCUGCUGUCUGAGGCCAGCUCCUCCAAAAGGGACUUGUCAGGGAGAUAGAUUUGUUAAUUCUGUUCCUCUUCUGCCUCCCACAGCUGCUGUUUUGGGCAGCCGGAGGGACCUGGCAGAAACCAGGGGUGAUGUGUGAGCACCCGGCACAGCUGCCAUGGCUGUGCCCUCGAGGACAGCCAUGGUGUUCAUGGGGGGUCCAGCAUGUUGUAGUUGCACUGCUGUGUCAGCUUCUCUUGUUAUUUAUUAUUAGCUUUUUCAGAAAAAAAAAAAC